UUCAAAAACUGAACUGCCCUCAACGAGCGCCUCGCCAGUGGCUAGCCGUGGCCUGCCCCGCUCCGCCCCAUCCUCCGUUCCUCUCCAGGCAACUCUUCUCCGGCGACCUCUUCCUCCGUCGACUGGCGGCCAGCGCAUCCCCCCGCCCCUCUUGCUGCCGAUCGAGGGCUUCCUUAUCCUCGUCGCUCUUCCUCUCGGGCAUCGGCGGAUCUGCGCGGCGGCGGCGGCGGCGGCGUCCAUCUUCGUCAGCGGCUCACCCGGCCGGCGGUCUUCCCUAGACUGGAGGACUUGUAUACCCCUUCAAGGCUUCUGCUAGAGAGAAUUAAACAUUCAGUUUUCACUCGUGAUGACAAGCGAUAAAGGAAAGACCUCAAAGAAAGCUGGAGAGGCUUCAGGACUUCCAUCUAGUUCUCACGAAGAGAAAGUCAGCAACGAGCCACAGCGGCAACGCUCGCUCAAUGGGAGGACCACAGGCCCAACACGGCGGUCGACCAAAGGAAAUUGGACCCCUGAAGAGGAUGAUAUAUUGUCCAGAGCUGUUCAGACUUACAAUGGGAAAAAUUGGAAAAAGAUAGCGGAAUGUUUUCCUGAUAGAACCGACGUACAAUGCCUGCACAGGUGGCAAAAGGUUCUAAAUCCUGAGUUGAUCAAAGGGCCAUGGUCCAAAGAAGAAGACGAAGUCAUUGUUGACAUGGUAAGGAAAUAUGGUCCAAAGAAAUGGUCAACUAUUGCUCAAGCUUUGCCAGGACGCAUAGGAAAGCAAUGCCGGGAACGGUGGCACAAUCAUCUUAAUCCUGGCAUAAACAAGGAGGCAUGGACACAAGAAGAAGAAAUUAUUCUCAUACAUGCUCAUCGAAUGUAUGGAAAUAAAUGGGCUGAAUUGACAAAGUUCUUACCAGGAAGGACGGACAAUUCAAUUAAAAACCACUGGAACAGUUCUGUAAAGAAGAAAAUUGAUUCAUAUACGUCAUCAGGUUUACUUGCUCAAGUCUCAUGUCUCCCACUUAUUGAAUACCCUGUGCACUGUAACUCCUCGCCUGCUAUGACGCGACAAAACAGUGGAGAGAGUGGCAGCAAUGCUGUUCGGGAGUUAGAUGAUUCAUCAGCGUGUAUUCAAUCGUCAUUGGACAUAGUUUCUAGCUCGCAGAAUGCUAAUGUGGCCUUGGUCUGUGAUGUACAAGUAAAUGAGGAUCCCAGCAAGAUAGAAGCACAAGAUUCUCAAUCUUCUAUGUGUCAGGAAGCAUGCUAUCCUUCCAUGGAGGGUGUUGCAUCUGCUUCGUCUGAUGUUCAUUACCAUGUUUCUUCUUCUAACUUUGAUCCAGAUACAAACUUGCAACAGGAGUUUGGUCAAAGUAUGAAUUUGCAGAUGGAUAUAGAUGAAACACCAAGUACUUCUUUGUUUGCAGACAACCAGACUAUUUGUACUACAGUGAGUAAUGAGAGAUCUUUGGUACCAUAUGAUAUAGCUCCAGAUAUGCCUAUCUCGAUGUUACCGAGUGUCUCUGGACCUGAGCAAAAUCUACAUUUCAUGUCCGAGGCUGACUUUGGCAGUCCUAAUUGUUUGAAAUCAGAACUUUGGCAAGAUGUUUCCUUACAGAGUCUUCUUUCUGGACCUGAUUUAGUUGAUUCUGAUUCCUUUUCAACAGUAAAUCACCUGUCAGCUGCAUAUUCCUCUAAAGGGGACACCAAUGUUUUGGCACCACCUAACCCCUUACAUACAUCCAGUAUGAUGGAGACUGCAUAUGUCCAGGGUCCACUGAUGUCCGUACCACAAUCUCUUGUUUGUUUUAAUGGUUUGCCUGAUGCACCUGAUGAUAGAUCGGAGCCAAGAGAUAUGCCAGUUUCUCAGUCAGAGGCGGUCAUACACAGACAUGAUUCUUUUGGUGAUUUGGAGCAUCCUGCUAACCCUAGCAGUAGUGAUGGUAGACAUGGUGCUUCUGCUAUUAUAGAAGGAUUGCCGGAAUACGGGGACCAACAGUUGCCUGAUGCUGAAGAACCUGCCACCAGUAUAACCAAAGAACCUUCACUGCCACAGAGUGAGGCCGAACCAGAUGAAAAGCAAGUUAAGGGAGCCCUAUUUUACGAACCACCUCGCUUCCCAAGCAUGGAUGUUCCAUUUGUCAGCUGCGAUCUUGUAACUUCUGGUGAUCUCCAAGAGUAUAGUCCCCUUGGUAUUCGACAGUUGAUGCGCUCAACCAUGGAUAUAACCACUCCAUUGAGACUGUGGGGCUCCCCUUCCCAGGAUGAAAGUCCUGGUGUUCUGCUGAAGAGUGCCGCCAAAAGCUUCAUACGCACACCAUCAAUAUUAAAGAAACGUCCGAGAGAUUUCUUAUCUCCUACUCCAGACAAAAGAAUUGAGAAGAAAAGUGGGACAGAAAAGGACUGUGGCCUGUUAGGCACAUCCUCCAUCACUGCUGAAACAUGUUGCAUGAAUGCCUCUAAAGACGAAGCAAUUGUUACCGAAUCAGUAUUUUGUACUGAAGCAUCUGCAUCUUUUAGACCUUUGGAGAAGAAACUUGAGUUCUCUGAUGAAAAAGAGGAAAAUUUGGGUGAAACAAGUGAGCAGAAGAAAGAUGGACGAAAUGCAGGGACCAACCAUCCUAUGGACGAGCAGGCGAGACUAGAACAAUGUUCCACUACAAAUAUGGUCAAUAAUAAUGAUGAUCCUCCAGAAAAUUUACAGCCUGCAGGUUUUCUUGAGCACAAGGGAAAUGACCUCCCUGAUCAUGGCUCAAAUGCUAUGGAUCGGAAGAUAAACACAAAUCCUGAAGUUUCAUCGGCCUGUAAAGAAAGAGCAUGUGCUAAAUCAAAGUCCACUGAACUCAUUGCUGAGAAAUCGUCACCAUGCAUUAAUACAGAUUAUGGAUAUGUGAACAUAUUGGCUGAUACCCCUGGUGUCAAAAGAGGGCUGGAAUCUCCUUCAGCUUGGAAGUCCCCUUGGUUCACAAAUAUGCAAUAUAAGGGGUCCUACUUCGUCAGCCCAGCCGACAUAACUUAUGAUGCAUUAGGAUUGAUGAAGAGGAUAAAUGUGCAGAGCGCUGCUGCUUUGGCAGAUGCCCGUGAGGUCCUGUCGAGUGGCAACCAACGUGAUAACAGCAAGGAAAACAAGGAAAACAUUGAUGUCGAGAAGGAAACAGGAACGUGCAAGUCACAAACUAAAAUCAUGACUGAGGCAAGAGUCCUCGACUUCAACGAGUGUGCCACACCUGUAAGAACGGCAAGCAACAGCGUCGGCAGCAGUCUGGCGAGAUCUCUGAGUUCACCCAUUCCUUCCUCCCACCCCGUGAAACAUUUCCGAUAGCUAGCCUUAAGAGGAAUACACAAUUGAGAUUCAUUACCAGCCAGCAUGUACAUGUCUUCUCGUAAAUCCUAGCACCCAAUUUUCCCCUUAAUUCAUUGCUCCAGUUAUUACCUCGUAAUCUGUGACCUGGCCGCCGUUCGGUACACCAUUUCAGCCCAGAAAGGAUCUCUGGACUGUUGAAAGUUGUAUCAUUUCAUUUAUACCUGUUAUCUGUUCAUAUCGCACAAUGCAGACUUUCACUGCCUUGGUGAGCCUGCUAAACCGGACAGAUUUGAGCUGGCUUAGUUGCCUAGUUGUAUAUUUUUUAUUUUUUAUAUCUAGACUUCCUUUUUCUGGAUUCUGAAUUCAUCUGGGUGUCAUGUUUGGGUACAAUACUUCAUAUUUACAUGUCAAUU